AUGGAGCAGCAUUAUCGUGUUGUGAUUGUUGGAGCUGGUCUUGCUGGUCUUUCAUGCGCGAAAUAUUUGAUUGAAAAUGGUAUUAAUGAUUUUGUUAUCAUUGAAGCACAUGAUCAAAUUGGUGGUCGUUGUCGAACUAUUAAACUUUUUGAACAUCCAAUUGAAUUGGGUAGUGAAUCAUUACAUGGUGAUAUAUUAAAUAAUCCAUUGUAUCAAUUAGCUGAAGAACAUCAUCUUAUUGACAUUGAUGACAAAGGAUCUGAUCGAGAUGAUUGUUAUCAUGAUGAAGAUGCUGAAUCCAUUGAUGAAGAUGUUAUUGAUGAAGUACGAAAAGUUUAUGAUGAAAUAUUAGAAAAAAAAGUUCCAACAUAUCCAUAUGAAAAUUAUCCUGAUUUAUCAUUAGGUGAAUUUAUUUCAGCCGAAUUAGAACAAUAUAUUAAAAUGAAAAAAUUAACAUUAGAUAAAGAUGAAAUAGAUGAACAACAAAAAGUUAUUAAUUGGCUUAGUAAACAACAUCCAUAUUUAAAUGCAAUUGGUUGUAAUAAACUAACAGAUGUAUCUGUACAAGGAUGGAAUUCUCUUGAACGUUUACCCUCAAAUAAUCAAUAUAAUACUGAAACAGCUUAUAUUCAUGGAGGUUUUUUAAAUUUUUUACAAAGAAUAUUUACUGAUAAAAUAAAUGAAAAUAAAAUUGAAUUAAAUACUAUUGUUAAACGUAUUUCUAUUCAUGAAGAAGAACAAUAUGUUGAUGUUGAAAUUAUUAAAAAUAAUCAACAAUUAAUAAUUUAUCAAGCUAAACAUGUCGUUUGUACACAAUCUGUUGGUUGUCUUAAACAUUCAAUGCAUCAAAUGUUUAUUCCACCAUUACCACAUGCUAAACGAAUGUGUAUACAAAAAUUAGGUUUUGGUACAAUUGAUAAAAUUUAUCUUGUUUUUCCACAACCAUUUUGGGAUGUUGAUUUUGAAACAUUUAAUUUUUUAUGGGAUACAAAUCAAUUAGAUACAGAAUGGAAAUUAAAAUGUUUCACUAAUACAUCUUUUAAUAGUCAAUGGUGUAAAAAUAUAAAUGGUUUUUAUGUUCAUCAUCGAUUAUCAAAUGUUCUUGUAACACAAAUAAGUGGUGAAGCAGCAAAAUAUAUUGAAACAAUAUCAGAUGAAUUACUUGCAAUGGCAUUUCAAGAACUUCUUUGUCUUUUUUAUCCUGAUAAUCAAAGUCCAUUACCUGAACAAAUAAUUAGAUCUCGAUGGUUUCAUCAACCAUUUAUACAUGGUACACAUACAUUUAUUAAAAUUGGUUCAAGUAUACAUGAUAUUAAACAAUUAGCUGUACCAUGGCCAAAUAAACCAGCUAAACCACUUAUUCUUUUUGCUGGUGAAGGUACACAUGAAAGAUUUUAUGGAACAACACAUGGAGCUUAUAUGACUGGUAUACGUGAAGCAAAACGAAUUGUUGAAUUAUAUUAA